AUGUUUUCAGGUAUUCGUGUUUCCUGCAUCUUUUUGAGGCAGUGUUCUACGAAAUUUGAGGAAAUGAGAUCAAUAAAGCUCCUACUGUUCUUUGUUGUGCUGCUUUCCGCGAUGGCUAUCUGUGAUGCUGUUUCGUGUCAGAUUCCACUAGUAGGAAAGGGUUUGUGCGAUCUCCACUGUAAAGGACAUCACAAGAAAUCGGGACACUGUGGUUCUGACGGCGUUUGCAGAUGCAAAAAGAAGUGAAGAAAACAUUUCUUGUGUUUUUACAAGCACAAUAUCCAAUAAAGCAUUCAAGCAGUCU